AUGGCGGCCUCUGUUGACGAAUUGAAGACGACGAUGCAGGCCAUGGCGAAGCAGUUCGCCGGGUUCCAGGACAUGAUGUCCACUGCCUUGGACAAGCUUGGAGUGCUCGAGACCUGGAAGGAGACGGCGGACGGGUCGCUCGGCACCCUGUUGCAGAAGUCCACGGUCAUGGCGACUCGGGUCGUGGAGACGACGUCGCGUGUGUCUCGCCUCGAGUUUCGUCCACCACCACCACUGCCCCGUCGCCACCUCACUGGAGUGCGCAACAUCAUCCGCCACCAGUUGCGGAGUGGAGCGCGCAACACCAUCCGCCACCAGCUACGGCGGGUCUCGACCUCAACACCGUUCCCGGAGCAUCGUCAAAUGCGACGCCUCCGCGACCGAACUCACCCAUGGGGCACGGUGAUGACAAUCAAAUUCGGGAUGCUGGCGGUGGAAUCCUCGGAUUUCCCCCACCUCGCCCGGGCAACGCGGCGGGGAAGGAUUGCGGAGUGGGAGCGGCUGUACGAGCUGGUGAUGGCGAAAUUUGACAAAGAUCAGUACAAGGUUCUUCUACGGCAAUUCAACGCCCUGAAGCAGAUUGCCUCGGUGCUGGAGUAUCAGGCGGCGUUCGAGAAGCUGGCCCAUGGGGUAUUGCUCUACAACCCAGCAGGAGUUUUUGGAUGCCUUGGAAAUGUGGAUGAUGAGAGUGAGGAUGAGUCUGCUGUAGAGGAACAGGAGGUUCUUGCUAUCCAAACUGAACCCAAUACUCGGGUAGCAUUGAAGCUUUUAGCCCAAAUUGGGAAACAUAAGGUGCUAAUAUUAGUUGACUCGGGUAGCAUUGGCACAUUUGUGAGUGAGCAGUUAGUGUCUCAUCUGAAACUGAAAGCCACUGCAUGUGAACCAACAACUUAUAAGGCAGCUGAUGGUGGACUUAUGCUGUGUGAUCAGAAGUUGUUGAGUGCUGCAAAUGAAAGUAAAGAACAUAGCACUGUUUCUGCUGAAGAGAUCCCACAGUGUGCACCAUCAACAGAAAUCCAGGCAAUUUCAGAGUGCAUUCCUACAUGGAUACAGAAACUAAAAGAAGGCUACGAGGAAGAUGAUCAAGCCAAGCAGCUGAUAAUGGAAUUAGCUGUCUCUCCUAAAGCUCAUCCGGACUACACCUUGAAAGAGGGAGUCCUCAGAUACAAAGGCAGGGUAUGGGUAGGCAAUAACACCACUGCUCAACAGCACAUUUUGAUUGCUAUGCAUGAUAGUGGUAUUGGGGGUCACUCAGGGAUCAGUGCUACAUAUGCAAGAAUUAAGCAAUUGUUUGCUUGGCCCAAUAUGAAACAGCCUGUCCAAGAAUUUGUUAAACAAUGUCAGAUAGUCUAUGGUCUAUGCCCUAUGGUUUUGACCAGUGUAUUGGACCGUCGACGAGUUGCUUCAUUCAAGUUGAAGGACUGCAAUAACGCGCGACCGCGUGCUCCGCCUUCCUCAUUGCGACACCUUCUCCCUCGCCUUUUUCUUCCUCCCUACGCCCGUCCUCCUCCGCCCCCUCUCCCACCCUUCACCACCGACGGCUGGCGGCUCUUGCCGCCUCGCCACCCGCCCACCUCCCGCCCCUUGUCCCUCGACCUUGCCCUCCCCUAA